AUGGAAUCUAGAAUAUCUAAACUGGAAGAGAGCGUGCUUCAGCUGGGGGCUAAUAAUCAGCAUAGCUGUGAAGUAAACGGUGAAGUAGAACUAUUGAAGAGACGCCUGAAUCAGUCUGAACAGCAAUGCCUCAUGAAUGAUGUGGAGAUCGCGGGAGUUUUCGAGGCGAACGGCGAAAAUACUGAGCACGUCGCGAUUUCAUUGGCUCAAAUAUUAGAAUUAUUUGAACGUCUCGUGUAUAAAAAAAGAAUUGCUUAUGUGAAAGACCUGGUCACUAGGAAGGUGGACAUACUAGCCGUAAAGGAGACGUGGCUUCGGGAGGGAGAGACGGGACGCGCUCCUCAGGUGACGGGUUACAGGCUUCGACAUAUUCCCCGCCCACCGUCGGUUCGCACUCGCGGUGGAGGCGUAGAUGUGGGUGAGAACUACCAUUCGGGGCAAACUGCAUAUAGACCGCCUUGGUUCGAUGGACAGCUAUUUCUUAAUAAAAUAAAAAAUAAAAAAAAUGCUCCGGUGUCGGAAGUGGCAGUCGAUCACAUAAGAGAUUUAAGCAUGACUGCUUGCGUUUGUAUUUUGUACUUUUAA